AGUAGAUCGACAAAGGCUCUCCACAAACGACGCUUGCACGCCAUGGCGCCUAAUAUGCGGUGAACAGUGUUUGAAAGGCACGACUACCGGUGACUACGAAUUAUGGAGCUUGGUGAUGUCAGCUUCGACCAGAAGAAGCGUUUAGCUCGCUUGGCGAAGAUGGGCAUUGGCCCCGUGGCGGAACCCCUCCCGCUUCGACCCCCGCCCUCAAGCACUCCCAGGUCUUUCUCUGAGCGCCGCAACACCGGCCCGGUGGACUUGGCCUCCGCCUUCGAAGCGCCCCCCCCACCGGCCAAAGCCAACCGCGCGGGCUUAAAGCCGCUGGGUGCCGUGGAGCCACGUGAAUUCCAAAGCAAUUGGUACCCCACACCUGCAGACACCGCGCUUUCGGACGACGAUGCCAUGGAACAACUGGCCAAGAAGGGCAAGGCACCGAAUGCCACGGUGGCGGCUGCACAGGUCCAGGUGAAACCACAGAAGACGAAGAAGCGGAAAGGCAAAAGGAGUAAAGAGAAGGAUGCAGAGGAAACAGAGCAAGAUAGCCAGCCAGCUCACGGCACUAACUCUGAAGAUGAAGAAAAGGAUGGCCUUGGGCCUGCUGGUGCUGGCUUGAUGUCGGAAGCAGAGGUUCAGGCCUUAAUGCGCCGGGAGCGCUCCAAGAACACGUCGGCUUCCAGUUCCGCGCGCCGCGUGCAGCGAGAGCUGGAGGAAUGGGAAAGCAUGCGGGACUCAAAGAUGGCACGCUUUGCCAGUGAGAAGGAACGUCUCGUGGUCAACAAGAAGUGAUAUUUCCAGGGGAGUUCGGCAUUCUUCGCUGCAUGAAGAGAAAAAGGAUUUGAAGACAAUGGGAA